AUGCGACAGAUCUGGACGCAGACUCUGACUCUGAAAGAACCCUUCAAACCCCCACCCGAAGAAACCUGCAUGCGCCUCAGCCGUACAUUCAAUCUCUCCCUUCCUCUCGUCCUCGACGUUCUCUAUCCCCACCUCCAAAACGCCACAAACUGGGCAAAAGCCAACGAACUAUCACCAAACCUCCUCGACAGCCCACCAAGCACCACGAAAAACAUGGUACCCUCCAACAAGAAAGACGCGUGUGUCACCCCCUUCCCACGACUAUCCAGAUUCACCAUCAUAGCGCCCUUCUUCGCAUCCUUACAGCAGUGA